CUGAAUGAAACAUCACAUUGGGUCUCACGCGUACAUAAAAGAUAUUAUCUCGUAUCGAUUAUGGUAUUUUCGUCGGAGAAGCCGUACGAACAACCAAAACUGAGACAAUGUUGUGACAAACACAUGUCUUAAGCGAACAAAGAUGUGUCUCCUCAAGAGCUACGAAGAUGUGACCAAGAAUAGAACCUUCCUAUUCAUCAUAGUGUUACUAUCGCUGAAGUUGUGUAGUCCUCAGGAUUUAAACGAGGAGUUUGUUAAUGAGGAUAGUGUGAAUGCGAUGGGGGACAGUGGAGUGCUAGUGAAAGCGAAGCCACGGGACGUAGCAGGUCCGUGUCGGCUGAGCGAACUGUUGUGUGACACGGGACAGUGUGUUUCUUUGGACAAGUACUGCGAUGGAGUCGACGACUGUGGUGAUAAGAGUGAUGAGCCGAAGUCUUGCACACCGUGCAAUAGGACUUAUAUGGGUGACGUCGGCCGCACUUACGAGUUGGAAGUGCGAAGACCCAGGGAGGAACACCUGCCUUUCCUCUGCCAUCUUAACUUCACCGCUAAUGGCGGCAACUAUGGAGAUAUUAUACAGUUAACGUUCGACACAUUUACGGUAGGAAAAUUCGUGUCGUUCACAUCGGACGGAUGUCCGGACGGACACAUGACUAUAGUAGAGAGAAGCCCGUCCCCGCCCACGGGGCAAUGGUGCGGCUCCGCUUGGGGAUACACAGUGUACUUUAGCGAGUCUGAUUCCAUCAACAUGACCCUCCGAUUAGACAGAUUAAGCCAACAGGGCGUGGGAUACAAUUUCGACUUCAAGUUGGCGUAUAAGUUUCUAAGACGGAGUGAAGCGCGGUUGCGGUAUGGAAACGCGACGGUAGGGGCCUGGAGAGGGGAGCGAGUCCCGGGGACGUACUGUGACCGCAUACUGAGUGACUGCGAUCUCCGCGCGUGCCGGAUCCAGUCGCCAAACUUUCCCGGGGUCUAUCCCAGAAAUGCGACCUGUACAUACCGCAUCGAACAUACUAAGAUACCCGCCGAUAAACAUGUGUUGCUAGCAGUAAGACAGACGAAUAGUCAUAAAAUACAUAUCAAAGACCAAAUAGUGAAGUACGAUAGGAGCCAACGUGUGUUAAAGAUCUGGGACCAAUGCAACGUAGUACAAGACUACUUAACAGUGUGGGAUGGCGCCACUCGUGAGUCCCCAGUAUUGGUCCGGUUGUGCGGAGGCGACGCUGUGCCAGACAUCGUCAGCCGUGGUCCCAAUAUGCUGCUGGAGUUUCAUACGUCGCCGUAUGAUAACCCCUUCCAUCCGGUCCCUUUGAGCUACCUGCCGGGGUUUGAGCUGGAGGUUCAGGUGUUGUACGUGGACAAAGAUUCGCACUCGUACGUGCGUCCCGACGGCCGCUGUCGUUUUGUCCUGCGCUCCUCAGACAAAACGAGUGGGGUCCUCAGAAACCCAAGGCAUUCGCUCCCACCUAACAGUUCUUGUGUGUAUUAUUUCCAGGGUCGUCCAAACGAAAUAGUUUGGGUGUCGUUUGUGAAAUACCACUCAGCAGGCACGGAACCAGCUGGGUUUGACCAGCAGAAAGACUGCUCCUCUCAGCUCACUAUAUGGGAUGGCGCGGCUCCUGAUGCGGAUCUGGACAGGAAGCUGGAUAUGAGUGACAAGAAGUCCAUUCUAGGAAUGUUCUGCCGCGAAGAGUCACCCCGGUUGUGCGACCACGCAUUGCUGUCAAAUGCGACGAGAGCCACGCGGCCAUGUGCCCCCUCCGAAAGCUACAUCACCACUGGACCUGCACUCACAAUCUUACAGGAACUACGACAAGGAUCAGCAUUAUAUCCAGUUUCAUUCCUACUACGGUAUGAAUUCGUAGACGUGAGCGAACAAGGACAGCCUCUGCUCGAGUCUCAUUCAGCCUGCGAUAGAGUCUUCAAAUCUGCUCAAACCUAUUCCGGCAGAUUUCAAGCCCCAAGAGCAAUAUUCUAUUACGGACGAGGCGGCGCUCAGAACCUUACUUGCAUCUUGAGGUUUGAAGCAAAACAGGGCGAGAGGAUUCAACUCACUUUCACGAGCACUUACUUUGGAAAUAAACAUUGCAGUACCCAUAAAAAUCCACGGACAGGGCGAUGGAAAUGCGAUAGGCCCGCAAAAAGAACCAUAGGGGGUGAAGGGCUCGCUCAAAUUAUCAUUACGGAGUAUCCAUGGGAGGGUGUUCCUAUACAAAGAGACUGUUUGUGUACAAAUCGAUCGGAACCCCUUAAUAUAUAUACACUUACUGCACCUGUGGUUGAAAUUAAUUUUACAGUGACUAUGAUGAAUAUAACUGAAGAUUAUGAUGAUUUUGAUUUUGAGGGAGAAUAUAAAUUUAUUCCUACAGGGCCAGGUGAUGAAAAUGUUUGUUCGUCUGCCUGGGGAGAAAGACGACUGAGAGGAAGUAGUGGAGAAAUCAGACUUUUUGAUAAACGACAAUCAUCAGCUGCCUCCGAAAUAGUUGGCGAUAGGCAUGUCAUAUCAGAGAGUGUGAGGGCUGAGGUAGCAUGUGUUCAUAGACCUUGGCUAAUAGAGCCGGGAGGAGACGAGGUAAACCCUGUACAGGGUAGAUAUCUUUACGUCAAGGUGCCUGGGUACGAUAUGACGUCAACUUCACCGUUUUGUCGCACUCCAAAUAGGUUAUUUAUUUAUGAAGCAAGAGACACCACACGACCUCGAGAAAUUUGCCCGGAUGGUCCAAAUUCCAUAGAAUUAUUUAGCCCUGGUUGGCAAUCGUCGCAGACUCCAAUAGAAUCUUCAUUAAAACCUCAUGCAAGAAGCUAUGUUAUUGAUUUUCUACAGCAUGAACAAGCUGACUAUUCAAUAAAAUGGAUAGAAUUGAUGAAACAGCCAGUAUUUGAGCCCGAUCCCGAGUCGAAUCUACUUUCAGCGUCAGUAUCACUCGAAUGUAAAUAUAGCUGCCCAGAACUGAACGCUUGCAUUCCGCUGACUUUGUGGUGUGAUGGAAGUGCACACUGUCCAUCAGGUUAUGACGAAGAUGACUCUAAUUGUUCAUUCCGGAUAUCAUUGCCACCUCCGUAUGUCGCAGCAGCAGCUGGCAUUGGAUUAUUAAUAUGCGCAAUGACAGUAGCUCUUUGCGCUUGCAGAAGACGUCGAAGAAAAGAUAAAGAAUUUAAAGCAAGAUUAGACGGUGCAUUGCCUCCUGAAGAACGACCUUACGAUCGAGCUAAAACCAACGGAGUUCCCGAAGCGGCGCGUCAAUACGCGACGGUACAGAAAUAUGCAACGAUAGAUAAGUACAGCUUAAGCCAGAAAUACAGUGCAGGAUUGAAUGAUGCGAGAUAUUACGACGAGGUAGCACAAAGGGAUAAGCUUGCGGAUACAAGGUACGCUAGUUUAGGUCGAGCCGGCCGAGGCACUCGGGUCGAAAACUCCACGCGAGGUAAUGGCUCCAGAAGAGCCAUGCCUGAUCUAGGCUAUCCGGAUCUUAAAGACGGUUUCUGUUGACCCUCCCCAGAUCUGUUAGAGACAACGGUGUAGCUAUAUGAAUCUUUCGGACACAUUCCGAUUUAAAUUUUUUUUUACGUGUAACAUUAGAAUGCAAGACUGAAUUUUGGCAAAAGUGCCUCCCUAACAUUUUUGGUCAAAUCCGUAGAAUGUUACGAUCUAAAAUUGAUUUUGAUUUCUCUAAUUUUUAUCUGUUUCUUGUAAACUAGUCUCACUCUUGGCUGUGUAGUAUAUUGUAAAUAGCCAUAUGCCAUAUAUAUAAAUAUUCAUAUGAAAAAUAUUACUUCUCAUAAACUACAUAUCUUAUUGUAUAUAAAUUGCUUGACAAUACAAUUUUAAGAUACAAUAUCAUUUAUUCAUAAAACCAUAUUAAUAAACCAUACCAACAAAGCUUACGAAGUCAGGAUUAUGUUAAAAAUUUAAAAAUAUCGACAUCAUCUCACAACAACAUAAAUAAUAAAAAAUAGAUAAGAACAAUAAUGUAAGAAAUUACUAGAUAUAAAAAUGAAAAUGUGAUAUAGGUUGUAAAAACAGUAGGUAAGCGUUCACGAACUGUAUAACUAAAUUUAGUUAAAUUUCUUUGUGUGUAAAUAAAUGAUGAAUGUAACUUAUUAUAGCAACCAAAAUGUAAAUAAAUUUAAGUGUAAGAUUUUUAAAGUCUGUAAUUAUUUCCAAGUAACAGGAAAAUUAAAGUCAUUUCUAAAAA